AUGAUGAAGCUCCCCCCUUCUCCUCUCCCCCCUCCUCCCCUUCCUCCCCCUGCUCCCUCUCUUCCCCCUCCUCCCCUCCCUCCCCCCCCCUCCCCCUCCUCCCCCUCCUCCCCCCUCCUCUCCCUGCUCCCUCCCUCUCCUCCCCCUCCUCCCCUCCUCCCCUCCCUCCCCUCCCUCCCCUCCCCUCCCCCUCCUCUCCCUGCUCCCUCUCCUCGCCCUGAUCCCCCCCUCCCCCCCCUCCUCCCCCUGCUCUCCCUCAAACAGAGCAUGUGA